AUGACGUUCCCUGUUCGAGUUCUCCCCUUCGACGGUGUUGCCUUCUCGUUGGACUUUGCUCCUUCCAGCCCGCACGUUGUUGAUCUUCUUCCAUUUGUGUGCUUCUUCACCCCUUUGACGAUGACAUUCCUGUGGGCUCCGAAAAUUCGGCCAUAUCCUCCCCGCCGCGCUGAUAUCCGGUGGCGUGGCAUUGUAGAUUAUAGACGUCUUCUGUCUGCUUGCAUAAAUGUUGCAGAUCUGAUCCGGUGGCUUGGCGUUGUAGUUUGUGGAUGCCUUCUGUCUGCUUGCACAAAUGUUGCAGAUCCGAUGGUGUUGUGUCUUGAUGUUAUGAGGCAUCUCCUCAUCUUCAUGUUGACUCCCCUUUUCUCAUUCACCGGGGAGGGUCUUCUGGACUUUAAAAGCACUGCCCGUGAAGUGAAGCGCCUGGAUUCCAUAACUAGGUCCCCUGUUUAUGCCCAAUUUGGGGAAGCACUGAAUGGACUUUCAACCAUACGUGCGUACAAAGCAUAUGAUAGAAUGGCUCGUAUUAAUGGGAAAUCCAUGGACAAUAACGUUAGAUACACACUUGUGAAUAUGAGCGCCAACCGUUGGCUUGCUAUACGGUUAGAAACCCUGGGAGGGAUUAUGAUCUGGUUUACUGCAUCCUUUGCGGUAAUGCAAAACCAGCGUGCUGAAAACCAAAAGGCAUUUGCGUCAACAAUGGGACUUCUUCUUUCUUAUGCUUUAAAUAUUACAAGCCUAUUGACAGCUGUUCUGCGACUUGCGAGUCUUGCUGAGAAUAGCUUAAAUGCUGUGGAGCGAGUUGGAAAUUAUAUAGAACUACCUUCUGAGGCUCCUCCUGUUAUCGAAAGCAACAGACCACCUCCUGGUUGGCCUUCUUCAGGAACAAUUGAUUUCCAAGAUGUUGUUCUUAGAUAUAGGCCUGAACUUCCUGUUCUACAUGGCAUAUCCUUCAGAAUUGCAGCAAGUGAGAAAAUUGGAAUAGUUGGCCGUACUGGGGCUGGAAAGUCUAGUAUGAUCAAUGCGUUAUUUCGGAUGGUGGAAUUGGAGAGAGGGACAAUUCUUAUUGAUGAUUGUGAUGUUUCCAAAUUUGGUCUUUGGGAUUUACGCAAUGUUCUGGGAAUAAUCCCGCAAUCUCCAGUUUUGUUUUCAGGAACUGUUCGGUUUAAUCUGGAUCCCUUCAAUGAGCAUAACGAUGCUGAUCUUUGGGAAGCUUUAGAGAGAGCACAUCUGAAAGAUGUUAUUCGUCGGAACUCUUUAGGGCUUGAUGCUGAGGUCUGCUUUCUUUCUCUUGCUCAUGUUUUGCAUGGAGACUAGCAUACUGCACUGUGC